UAGUGACCUACCUACGAUCUCAUGCUAAGUACGCUACGUGAAUCGCUAUUAUUUUUGCUAAUUACUUAUUUCACCGUGUGUGCUCUAGACUCUGUGUCAUCUUCGACUGUUUGGUAACUCAUUUAACUUCCCGUUUUGUUGUACAAUCCAGUGAAGCUGAAGAAAGAACACUCCAAGAAAGGGCCCUUUCAGAAGCAGGGAUUUGUGCUAGAAAUUCGCUUUCAGAAGAUAAGGAUGUUUGGUAUUAUAAUUGGACUCACUGUGGUUCUCCUUUUCAUUUACUACUUCACCAUAAAACCACUGUAUUUUUGGGGGAAUCAAGGAGUUGAGCAAAAGCCGAUAGUGAAAGAGUUCAUGUUCAAUCUUUUUGGAAUUCUUCAACGCGAGAAUGCUGCAAUUGUUGUUCAGAAAAUCUAUAAUGAAUUUUCCAAUUUCAGAUACUGUGGUAUAAAUCAAUUGUACACACCAAUAUUAUUCGUGAGAGAUGCGGAGCUCAUUAAACAAAUGAUGGUGAAGGAUUUCGAAUACUUUACUGAUCAUAGAGAAUUUGUUUCGAAUAAUAACGAUCCAUUAUGGAGCAAAAACUUGUUUGCUCUCAAAGGUCCUGAAUGGCGCCUAAUGAGACCAAUUCUUAGUCCAUCAUUCACAAGCAGCAAAAUGAGGGCGAUGUUUUUCCUAAUGAGGGACGCUGCAGAGGACUUCGCGAAUCAUUUCCUGACACAAGAUGAGGAUGUAGUUGUUAUCGAAAUGAAAGAUACCUUCACUCAUUUUUGUAAUGACGUCAUAGCUACAACAGCAUUUGGAGUUGAAGUUGAUUCUCUAGCAAACCCAGAUACUGAAUUUUAUCGUAUGGGAAAGAAGGCCACAGAUCUCAGCAGACCUGGAAAACAGCUGAGAUUUAUCAUCAAUAUGGUUGCUCCAUGGAUCAGCAAGGUUCUGGGUGUGAAAUUUUUUGAAAAUGACGUUAGAGCGUUUUUCGAAAACCUUAUAAUUGGUGCCAUGAAAGAAAGAGAAGAAAAAGGUAUAGUGAGGCCUGAUAUGAUUCACUUACUAAUGGAAGCACGAAAACAUUGUAAAGAAGAUAAAAACAACAUUGCAGAAGAAGAAAGAAAACAAUCAAUUGAAAUUUCCGAUGAAAAUAUAGUAGCACAAGCUCUGCUAUUUUUCUUUGCUGGAUUCGACUCGGUUUCAACGAUGAUGUGUUUCAUGGCUCAUGAGUUAGCGGUCAAUACAGAUAUACAGGAAAAACUGAAGUUGGAAGUCCAUGAAACUUCUGAAACAUUGAACGGAAAAUUAACUUACGAUGCUUUAGUCAAUAUGAAGUACAUGGAUAUGGUAAUUUCAGAAACAUUGCGAAAAUGGCCAACACAGAUAGGAAUUGAAAGAUUGUGCACAAAACCAUAUACCAUAGAACCUAUUCUACCAGAAGAGAAGCCUAUUCAUUUGAAGAAGGGGUCAAUAAUAUUCAUUCCUACCUACGGAAUUCACCAUGACCCAGAACUGUUUCCAAACCCCGAAAGUUUUGAUCCUGAAAGAUUCAGUGAAGCUAAUAAAGCAAGUUUCAAUUCUUAUGCAUAUCAACCAUUUGGUAUGGGACCAAGGAAUUGCAUUGGAUCAAGAUAUGCUGCAAUGGAAAUAAAAAUAGCAUUUUUCUAUAUUUUAUUGAAUUUUGCCAUUGUUCCAGUCGAGAAAACCAAAAUUCCUCUAGUCUUAGCGAAGAGUAUGUUUCACCUAGGGGCUGAAGGUGGUUUCUGGUUGGGAUUGAAACGUUUGAAGAAAUGAAUUAUUAUUUCCAAGAUAUUCCUUGUAAUAUGUAUUUCAGAGAUCAGGCUUUGAAAGAAUAACUCAUUGUAUCCUAGCUUUCACACUUGGAUUAUUAACACAUUAAUAAGAUGAAUUCAUGUUCAAAUAUGAUUUCAACUCAUUGUAUAUGUUAUUGAAAACUAAUAAAAUUCGAUAAAACCAGA